AUGUCGAUGCCUAUAGCUUCUCAUGCUUUCUCUCUUCCAUCUUUACCUAAAUAUAGCAAUGAGGGUAACCACGAAACAGCAAAUAUGGCCCUCAUUUUCGAUCGAUACAAAGAUAGGCUUGCAACGCUUCCAAAGGAGAAAGGCUGGAUAACCGAAAACCUAUACAUGUACCAAGGCUUUUGGCAUCAGUCGAGUCGUAGAAUAUCAGUUGAAACCGUGAUGGCCUUACAAAGCACUUUCAAAGCUCAUCCAACUGAUAUCUACUUGGCCACACUACCAAAAUCCGGCACAACAUGGCUCAAGGCGCUUGUGUUUGCUUUGGUAAAUAGAAACCGCUAUAAAGACGACCGUUUUUCAACUCACCCUCUCCUUGUCUCUAGCCCCCAUAAUUGUUUACCUUUCAUUGAAACCGAAAUUUUUAGAAACACCCCUACGUAUGUAGAUUCACAUUCGCCACGCCUCUUUGCUACCCACAUACCUUACACUUCAUUACCUCAAUCCAUUCUUGAAUCUGGUUGUCGUUUAGUUUACUUAUGUAGAAACCCUAAAGAUGUGUUGGUCUCUAUGUUUCAUUUUGCAAAUAAGUUGAGAGACAAAUCACGUGGUCUAUUGACAUUUGAAGAGACGUUUGAGUUAUUUAGUAAAGGUAUCAUGCCGACCGGACCUUAUUGGGACCAUGUGAAAGGGUACCAUAAGGCCAGUUUAGAACACCCGGGAAAAGUUUUAUUCCUAACAUACGAAGAUAUGAAAAUAGACACCGUGAACAAUGUGAAGCGACUUGCAAGGUACUUGGGCUACCCCAUCACGGAAGAGGAAGAGGCCGAAGGCGCAGUUGAAGGAAUUGUUAAACUUUGUAGUUUCGAGAAUUUAAGCGAGGUUAAUAAGCAUGGGAACUUACGCGAGGAUAUACCUAAUGACGCGUUCUUUAGGGAAGGUAAAGUUGGAGAUUGGACCAACCAUCUAACCGAUGAAAUGAGUUCUAUUUUAGAUGAAAUCACUAAGGAAAAGUUUUAUGGGUUGGAUAUCACUUGGAACAAUCCAAUUUGUUAA